GAAGGGUGGAGGGUGGGAGGUAUAAUCACAAAAUCUCUUUCAAACCCCUUUCUUAACACAUCCGCUUUCGUGCCCCCAAAAUCUCAUCCCCCCACUUUCUUUUUUUUUUUUCCAGAAAACAACAUCAUCAAAUUACUACUUAUUCAAUCCUUCCUUCCUUUUUGGCUCAAUCGGUGAAGUGAGCAAAUUUAAGGUCUUAUUUUCAUAAUGCUGGGUGGCCCUGGACUUGAAUCGGUCGUUGACCAACGCAUUUCUGUUAUAACGAAUGAUGGACGCAACAUAGUGGGAUAUCUAAAAGGGUUCGACCAAGCUACAAAUAUAAUCCUUGAUGAAUCACAUGAAAGAGUUUAUUCUACCAAGGAAGGUGUCCAACAGAUUGUAUUAGGUCUCUACAUCAUAAGGGGUGAUAACAUAAGUGUUAUUGGGGAAAUAGAUGAAGAGCUUGAUGCAAGCUUAGAAUUGGAAGAACUGAGAGCUUAUCCUUUGAAGCCUAUUAUUCAUUGAUGGUUUACAUGGUAUGCUUAGUUAAAACAUGAAUGUCGUAAGGAAAUUCGGAUAUGGUUUCCGAAAGAAAUUACUAUUUGGUUCAACGACACAUGAAACUUGUACUUAUCAUCUGACUGAUAUUUGGCUGCAUCUUCUUGAAUUUUGGAAUUCAUGUAGCAUUCUGUGCAAAUAUGAAGUUCCUAUUGAGCUGAUCUUAAAGCCAUUCUUGUAGGCUGUAAUUUCUAGACCUUUUGGUACAUCUUUUUGUAGUGAAAAACGAGUGUUUGUCAACAGCACUGUGUGUAUGUUUUUGUGACCGCCAACUAAUGGUCGCUGCUAUAUUGUCCAGCGUUGCUUAUUGUAUUGCACAUGCUCAUCUUUUUGGGGAUGGAUUUUGCUCUUA